AGGAAUCAUGUAUUGGAGAGUCUCCCCUACAUUGGAAGUCCAGCAUCGGUUACACUUAUGAAAGACCAAAUCAUUAAGGAUCAAAUUCCGGCUGAGCUCUCUAAAAAGUGGAUGGAGUCAUUUGCAUAUCUGACUAGACCAAACGAAGAUGUCCUCGAAGCCAUGGUGGAAUUGAUGGAGCAUGGUAAGGAGAUAGGCGAAAAGAAUUACCUCCUUGCAGCUACUUCCGUCGGACAUACGUUCUGCAAAGUCAACCCGGACUGCGAUACAAGUGAUGGUAUACAGGCGAUAACGCAAUUUUUGGAGAGUAACUUGCAAGAGAAACUACAAGAAGACUCUGAAAUGACGAGAAAAGAACGCGAAAAUAUCAUUGUGCUGCUGAAAGGUCUCGGAAACAUUGGAGUCAUCAGUUUGGAAUUUUCCCAUCAACUUCGGGAAAUGAUUGAAGACGAGAAGCUGCCCAUGGAGAUCCGUCUGCAGGCGGUUUAUGCUUUCCGUCGGCAUGAUUGUGUCCGAACGAGGGAUUACUUCUUGAAGUUAUACUCCAACUUUGAAGGUAACGUCGAGAUUCGUAUUGCAGCGUACCAACAGGCCAUGCGCUGUCCUGACUACCUUUCGGUAAAGUUGAUCAAGCACAUAUUGAAAACGGAAGAGGUCAAUCAGGUUGGUGCCUAUGUUUGGUCACAUCUAUCGAACAUAGCUAGCAGCGCAUCACCGGUUCGAGUGGAAGCCCAAGGUCUGUUGGCUGACAAUGACCUAGGGAAAAAGUUCCGAUUGGAUAUUCGAAAGUUUUCGCGCAAUUAUGAGCACACAAUGUUUUUCGACGAAUACAACUUCGGUACGACAGCAGAUGCUAAUUUGAUUUUCAGUACAGAUUCUUACUUACCUCGGACGGCGUCGUUGAAUUUGACGGCAGAUUUAUUUGGGGAAUCGGUUAACUUUCUGGAGUUGAACGCUCGGGCAGAAGGCUUCGAAUAUUUAGUAGAAUCUAUAUUUGGUCCAGCUGGACCACUGAAUGCGAAAAAAGUGAAGGAAUAUACAUCUGCUGUAACGUCAUUCUUGAGCUCUUCUUCCGAAGAAGAAGAACAAUCUGGUUACGAUCCCAUGAGUCAACUUCGCCUCAAAAGAGAGUCGGAAGAUGAAGAAAGUUACCUGUUCGAGGAAGAUGAACAAAGCACGCGCCCUAAACGACAAACUCGCACACCGGUGACGAUCACGAAGGACAUUCACGAUCAGAUUGACAAUAUGGGGUACAAAAUGAAAUCGGACUUCAAAGAUCCUCACGCUUCGAUUGGUUUGAAAAUUUUUGGAAACGACCUAAAGUAUUACACUAUCGAAGGUUUCACCGAAACGCUCAAAGCAGCAGAACAGAUUAAUCCAUUGAACUUCUUAAAAAGCAUACUAUCUGGAAAGGAAGUCUCCUACACCAAAUCAGGCGUAUUUUUGGAUACCUCUUACGAUGUUCCAUUGAGUACUGGGUUUCCCUUGGCACUAAGCAUCAUCGGCGCUUCUUCUGUAGACCUUCGUUUGUCCGGCUCCUUCAGGGCAUCCGAUGUGUGGACCUCAUCACGUAUCGUAGAUGUGGAAGGAAAGAUCAAACCCAGCGUGUCCGUUGAUAUCACAGCUACUAUGAAAACCGACUUCAUUCAUACAUCAACAGGAAUCAAAGUGAAAAGCAAUUUGUACUCAAGUUCGCUACUGGAAACCAAACUUAAGGUGCGCGGAAAUCGGCUCGCUUCACUUCAAUUCAGUCUCCCGCUAGAUCAUAACGAAAUUUUCAGCGUACGAUCAGAAAUGCUAGUUUUCGAUGAUAACAAGGAAAUACAACAGAAAGGAAUUGAUCGUCGCUAUUCCAACUCCACAUGCACGUGGCCUGUCGUUGAUCGUGCAAUUGGUUUGAAGCUGUGCGCCGACUACAGUUUGCCGGAUGUGAGUAACAAUAGCCACGUCCCUAGUCUGAUUCUAAGCGGACCAGUUACCCUGGACGUGAGUCUUCUCAAGGCAGACCCAACGGCAAAGGUUUUCCUAUUUCAAUACAACUGGGAAACGCAUGCAAACGUUUCGACGGGAUCAGUCAUAUUUGAAACACCGCAUUCCCAAAUUCCUCGGAUCUUCAUUGCCAACAUUACUGCCGACGACGAAGGAUACAGUGUGUCAAUGGGCUUCCGGAAUGGGGAUAUCUCUCAUUCGGCCGUCGGAAUUUACAAAAACAACAAGGAUCAGAGGCGAUUAGAUAUGUCCUUGAACGUCAACGAUAGGAAGUAUCUGGCACUUGAGAUGGGAUAUAACAAAACUGAGAUCAAAUACGGGAUGGUGUAUAGCCCUUCGUUGUUCCUUUCGGUUAAUAACGAACGCAUUGCGGGUAUGGCCGGGCAAAUUAAAAUGACCGAAAAGAAAAAUAUUAAGCAAUGGGACUAUACCUUGCAAUUCGAAACCAAACGAGUUCAGGCGAAGGUGAUUGGCAAUAUCCAACAGACACAAGCUUCGAUCACGAGUAAAUUAUCCAUGGACUACAGGUUUAUCAACAGCAAAUCGGAACGACUAACUCUGGGAGGAGUGUUUUCCAACAGAAGCUUCAAAGGCCGUACCGAGUAUCACGGGUCGUUCGAUCUUCGUUCCUCUGCUUAUCCGCAUUUCGAUUUUGCCGCAGCGAUGAAGUUCCUGUCGGCGAUGGGCCACAUCGAGUGCAAAAUGGACUACAACAAUGCGCCCGAUCUGAAGGAUCCCAACUACACCACAACGCUUCGGUUGAUAUUCGCUCGGGGUCAAGUGGCCGAGGUGGGACGAACCACGGCAUCGGUGGAGCUGACCCGACCGCGGUCGAAAAUGGACUGGAAGGCAAUGAUCAAACAUGAACAAAAUAUGAAGAAAGGACAACUACACAAUAUCCGAUUGUUACUACGAUAUGCCAAAAAUAAAGAAGUUACUGGCGAUUUUAUGGUGGACAUACCCCGCGGUGUCCUGUUUGCUUUUGAUGCUGCUGCCAAUAUAACGGUUCCUGGAUUCGAUUCUUGCACUUUCAACCUUAGAGUCAAGGAGAAGGCCCGUAAAGAAUACUACUUCGACUUCAACGGAAUAUGGUUCUCGGGUCACUCGAUCGUCGUCAACGGUUGGUACCAGGACCGCAGUUCCUUCAUCAAGAGCUACCAUCACGCGAAGCUGGAAGCGCAAAGUCCAUCGUUUGGCGAGGUAACGGUCGAUAUCAAGUAUGUUCGCGACGAGAUCGAGUUCAAGCUGGAAUUGCAUGCAGAGUACGGUAAACAGCCGUACGGUUUGGUGAUCAAGCAUUUGUUGGACGACGAAAGUGGAACCAAUACGUACGCCGGAUUCCAGUGGCGAGACAGCUUGUAUUCGUUUUCAGCGUUGAUGAAGUCGGCCCCGAUCAAGGAGCUAAUUAUUGAACUGCAUGUUGACAAACUGCGUGACAUAACCUUGAUAUUGAAGGGAUACUCUACACAACUGAAGCGAGAAAUAGGAGUCGAACUCAAGUGGGAUGCAAAUCGCGAUCCCACUCAGAAGCUGGCGAUCUCUGGGGAGAUCAAUACUCCCCGGCAUCGUAUUUACAAUGGUAGAUUCCUCGUAUCCUAUCCGAACAGGACCAUCAACGGGGUAUUUGACUUGAAGGCCAUUGAUCCAAACUAUCUGGCAAAUGCUCGCAUAUCGUGGAACACUACGGAAGCGAUUGAACUGAAAUUAGAUGCUGGCUCGGAUGACGAAAUACUGAGAAAUAUGUGGUUGUUGUUCAAACUGACGACACCUUUCGAAGGAUGGCGCUACAACGCCCUUAAUGGUGGUUUCUAUUUUAGAGACAACUUGUUGAAAACCAAUCUGUCCGCGAAAUGGGCAGAAGACCAGACGCUCGGAUUCGAAGUAAUGGGUCUUUACCAUUCUAACGAUAAUGAUUUCGACUGCGAAAUGAAAACUAAGCUACAUAGUUCAAUCCAACAUGUUCCAACGGUUAAAGUGCACUUCAAGCAUAAGUAUGACUCAAAGCGUGUCGAUACCGUGGUGACCGUAAAUCACACCGUAACUGAUGAACCCUCGCAGAUAUUCUCUGCGUGGUCUAGCUGGCAGUACGAUCAGGAUGAAGUAUAUCGGAAUCUUACCGGUUCACUGGUAUUGGUGAGCCCAUUCGAGGGUUACAAAAAAGGCGCAUUGUCAACAAAGUUCUCACUGACCGAAAGUCGGGACCUGCGAGGAGCUGCUGAUCUGCAACUGGAUGACGAUAGAUAUGACUUGGUUUUGAAAGGUCAUGUUCGCAAUCUCGUCGAUAACAUGCUGACAGUUAAUAUCACUUCCUCCAAUGAAAAGUUCCGUAACAUCAACGGCCGGUUUGGUAUAAGCGAGAAGGAACGCCACGCCGUAGCGGAAGUCAUAACGCCGAAAAGCGCUCUUGGAGUGGAAGUGUUGUUUGCAAUAGUUUCAGCGUACGACUUUGAUAUCAAGUUCUACUUGGCAACGCCACUGAAGGAUCUGGAAAAGGUGAUCUUGAGAGGCAAGCUCAAACCAGAUAACGUCGACUUCAGAGCUGGUUUGAACAGUUUAAUCAUUGGGUUCGUUGGGGUUUGGCGUAAGGCACAUAUGAAAGAUUUUGAGUACUCGUAUAAGGUAUACACACCGUUGCCUAAAUUUGAAGAGAACGGAUUGAUCUUGAAGUUGGUCAUGAACCCGAAAAAGACAGAAUACAUUGAUAUGGAAUUUAGCGGCAGGUUUAAGACGUACAAGAUAGGAGUGCGGGCAGUUUCCGAACCGAAACCUCAACUAAUGCGACAACUGGGAGUUCAGAAGGCGUCUGGUAUUCUUGAAGAGUUCCUAGAGGAUUCCUUGAUCCCACUGAAUAGCAAUGAUGAAGAAGAAGAGGACGAAGAAGAAGAUGAAGAGGAAGAGCUGUUGAACCUGAUAGGGAAGGUAGAAAUAGACACGAUCAUUUGGCCAACUGUUGUCGGAACUAUAGAUCUUGAGGAAUACAAAUCCAAGUAUUACUUAAGUGGUAAGGUCAAACUGCCCCAAGGUGAUGUCGAUGUACGUGACAGUUUCUGGUUGGAGGACUUGAUGAACAUGAAAAAUACAUUAAAAGUGAAAACACCGUUCCCGUUCACGCGACAAAUUCAAUCAGGGUUUGAACUUCGCGUACCAUAUCCUACCAAUAAAUUCGUUGUUGGAUUGAACGUGCUGGUUCUGAAUGAAACAAAGUGGGUAAAUACGGGAUUCCAUAUUUACUAUAAUGUAACUGAAGAUGAAUCGGACACCAAGACUCACCAUGCUGUCGUGAAUCUAAUGACACCGAUGGACAACUUGAAGAAGGUUCGUCUCCAUGCAGUUCUUGACGUUGAAGAGCACGGCUAUAAGGCUAACUUAACUGCAAAAACAACUAAUACGGACGCAUCCAUAGCAGUGGCAUUUGAGAGUGAAGACCAGUACAUAGAUUCCGCGUUAACGAUAUGGGUACGUGCUCCGCUUAUGCCUUAUUACGCGUGCAAAAUCUUCUACAAACAAGACCUGGGAGGUUCCAGCAACUCGAUGGAUAUGGGCUUUGUCGUACAUGACGGUGAUCUGUACAAUAACUUCCGGCUGGAUGGCGUCUGGUCAAUGGAGGAGCCCCACUUCCUCGUGGGCAAAGGAAAGUAUCAGUCGAACUUCUUGCCCAUUCAAAUGAUCGAUACCGAGGUGUCGAUCACUCGCGAACCAUAUCCGAAAGCCCAGCUAGAGGUGCGUUUCAACGACAGUGAAGGUAUGCACGAAUACAUCCGAGCCAAAGCGACGCGAAAUCGAGAACUGGUAACUGUAGAGCUGAGCAUCCCUAUUGAGGAGUAUCGCAACUUAUCGAUCCACGGUCGACUGUUGAGAAAGCAUGGCGAUGAGUACUCAAUUGAUGGGCAGCUUUAUCGCAAUGACGAAGUGUUCUACGUGGAAGGUGACGCCACGAUCGUCAAAGAUAUUCCGAAAAAUGUUGCAUUGGUGAUCAAACCUCAUGGAGUUGAAGAUGAAGGUGCGAUCAACUACCAGUAUUCCGUGGAUGGAGAUGUUACUAGUUUCACAGCUGAGAUCAAACGAGGCGAGAAACAUGCUAGUAUCGACGGUAACUUCAAGUUGUUAGCCUUGAGUGAUUGGAACUUUGGGCUGGAUAUCAAAUCAUCAGAGCCAGAUCUAUCCAGCAUUGAUUUCAAAGUUGGCAUCGCCCCUACCGAUGAUAAUAAGGCUUUGGGCACGUUCAAACUGAAAUCCCCUUGGGUACGCCAUGGAAUGGAUCGUGCUGACAUUUUCAUGCUGUUUGACGUGCAGCCGAUUUCGGGCUCGGUAACUGCAAACUACAGCAUACCUACCGUAUCCGGAGAUGCCAGCUGUUUGUGGAAUUGGCAUUUGCUACACAAUAUGCAGUUUGCGUUGCACAACAGUGUGAAACGGACGGAUUCCGAAGGACGCUUCUUCCAAAUAGGAGUUCGCUAUCUAAGUCCAGAUCUCGAACGUAAUCAAAAUAUGACAUUUGGUGGCGAUUUGAACUUGAACAACGUUUGGAUAUUCAGCUCAAAUGCUUCCGUAACAUUCAUAUCCAUUUCCGAUCUAUCCGGUGUUCUGAAAGUACGGCUACCGAAUCCUGUUGGUGAUAUCCAUACAUUAGCCGCCAGUAUGAAGGGUAACAUUCCUUUCAUUGAACCAGUACGCACACUCAACUUCGAGGCGUCCUACGACACAGAAGAAUCACACAAACGAUACGCCUGGCACUCGGAGUACAGCUUCGUGAACGACCUGCGAACUCUUCUUCGGUUUGAAUGGGGACCAAACGUCCAGUCGCAACGAGUUCAGACUAAUUUGGAUGUUUACAAAAUUGGCGAAAAACGUGAAAUAUACGCUAAACUACGGGGACCGUGGUAUUUGGAAGAUGCCUUCCGGGCAGUAGCUGUGUACAACAUUGAAGACAGUUUGUACCUUGUGAACGGUAACAUUUCCAUUCCAGCUUCACGGAAAGUCGCCGAGGCAAAUGUAGCGUUUGCCAACCUUUCCAAUAUGAAAGGAGAUGUGAACUGUACGACUCCAUUCCUGAACGUCACCUGGCUUCAUGGACAGCUGGAAUUCAUCGAAAGUCCUCUCGAGUCGAUAAGGUAUCUUAAAGCAACCUGGCCAGAGUCUAGCGCAAUCUUUGAUGCCAAAUCCACCUAUAAAGUAAACAAUUUGGAUCGCGAUCAGCAGGGAACCAUUAAGGUGGAAAUACCGUUGCAGACUCGGCACUACGCUGAGGUCAAAUACGGUUUAGCUGAACGACCGGCCAUCACCACGGGACACGCUGAAAUCGACUACAACGAUAGGAAGGUACUCAGUGGACAAUACACUUCUAAGAAAGAAUCAAGGGCUGGAUUUGAUAAGGAAACUGUUGAUGUAACCUUGGAAAAUGAUUUCAAACCUGUGGGUGUCCAUUAUGUGCACACUACAAAGCUUCUGAAGGAUAACUACAAGGAAAUGGACACUAAACGUGCUGAAGUAUUCGAACUUCGUAACCAGAAGAAAUUCAACAUCACUGGUGAACUCCAGAUCACCACCAGGGAUACCGGUAGAGAGUACGUCAUCACGGCUGUUCAUCCGAAUCGGACGGUUGUACUGACAGCCGAUUUCGACGCCGAAGGGGAAACCAUGAAACAGAAAUCAAAACUGCAGUUGUCACCUACCCGUUGGAUAGGAUACGAUUUCCAUCUGACCAACAUGUCCAAGGCGGACAGCGAAUCGAGGAAAUUCAGGCUGGAGGUUUCCUAUCCACGCAGGAACCUCUCCGCUGACGGUUGGUACUCGGUGAUGGAAAAUGCCUUCGAUUCGGAUGUGACUUUGCAGUACACCCCGAACAAAACCGACGACAGUGAUAAUCUUUCGCCAAGAACGGUAAAAGCAGCUGUUAAAUGGGCCGAUGAAUCAGCCGGGGAAGUGACGAAACAGACUGUGCUAGUUGCACUGGGACAUCCCACGUUUGAACAAGACAUCACACUGAAAGGUGCAUACUACUCGGACGAUACGGAUCUUCUGAAGACAAAUCUCGAUAUUCAGUACACCCAUUCGGACAGCCACCACAUAUCGGUUGGGUUCAACGCUAAGGACCUGACACCUACCGUUGGGUACAGAAAUUACUCGUACCGUCUGUUCGGUUCCCACGAUGCGUCUGAUUUGGAUUUAGAUUCCAUGGGAUCCGUGGGUCUUCGGUUAGGAUUGUACGAGAUCAACACCAAUUCUCACUACAAGCGAGGCUAUCUGUCCCGAAUGGAAGGCCACGUCAUUGGAAAGGUGGACGUUAGGCAGAAGGAAGUGAUUCUAGAGAAAAUGACUUCACAAAGCAACUAUCGUUUGUGGGGUAAGGCAUCGGGUAGCUAUCCGAUCUACAUGAUAAAUGGAAGUUUGCUGGACGGCCCAGAACAGGAUGCAGCCGGAUUCUUCAUCAUAGACAUUGACGACAAGAUGGUCCAGAUGAAAAUUAACAUGACACCAGACGCCACGGAGAACAUCUACAUGUACGGAAUCAUCCCGGACUCCCGGAGUGCCUAUUUUGAUUUCUGGCGUGACUACGACACCGCCCGUGAAGUUGAUGUCGCUUACUACUUGAAGAUGAACCAUUCCCGGCUGGUUACAAGCAAACUACUGUGGCGGCCGGAAAUCCGGUCGGACCUGCGCAAUUUGGUCCGUAACUAUUUCACGGCUAUGCAUACGUCGUUCACCGACGCCGUCGAGUUCUGGAUCAAGCAAAUAUACAGCGAAUCGAAGGAUUCGGUCAACGGAAUGUGGGAUGCGGCGCAUCCGUACAUGGAAGGAUUCUUGGAAGAUGUUUCCGGUUUGAACGUCAUCCAGGAUGAUUUGGAAGAUUUGCGACAGUUCCUGAAUGCUUCGUAUGUGGCGGAUGACUUCUACAUUCGAUCAGUGAUAAACUUUACCAUAACUGUGCUGGAUGAGUUGGCAAUCAAGAAUAAAAUAACUUCGCUGCCUAAGAUUUUGACCGAGUUCUGGCAGGUCAUGGGUGAUUCCGGACAGGCAUUGAAGAAGUCUAUUCAGUGGCUUUUGGAAACAAUCAAGGAAUCCUAUCAAAGGGUGGUGGAUGUGUUUGGAAAAAUCCUGCAAGGCGACUCAAUGAAGUAUUUGUCCGAAGUGUUGGAAACGUCGGUUCAACGAUAUGAUAAAUUCAUUAAGGAUCUUCAUCUGCAGUUCAUAAAGCACGUUCAAGAGAUGUGGAAGAAACUAACCGAUGUUAUCACCUCAUACUGGCAGCGAAUGUUACAAAAUAUUGAACCUUCUGUUAUCAAAUUAGCUCACUAUGCCGAAUCGGUGACUUGGCAUAUUGGUCAUGAAGUUUUCUCAUUCCUGUACAACAAAACUCAAGAAAUAGCCGAGUCACCGUACUUUACCAAAGUAACCAACUUCACGCAAGACUUGGACACACUGUACAAAGAUUUCGUUCAAAACGACAUUAUAACCAACACCAAGAAAUACGGUUCCAUCGUAAUCCGCUUCGUGAAGGAAAAAUUCUUCCGUCUUGUGCCAUUCGGCCGAGAGCUGAAUCAAGUUCUGACAGAGCUAUGGGAAGAAAUGAAACAGCUUCAGAAGCUGGAAUAUGUCCAGUUCCUUAUGCAACGAGUCAACGAAGUACGGUCCAAGGUCGAAUGGCUAGCCGAAGAGUUCCAACUUGAAAAACGACUGCAUCAAUUGUGGGGCAUCGUUAGAAACAAACUAGGCAGAAUGGCUCAGACUGCAUUGCAGGCGGAGAACCGCUACCGAGAAGCCAAGACGAAGUUCAUUUUCGAUCCGGAUCAUGGUAUUAUGGAGUUAGAGCAAAAGCUACCUAUGUCGUGGCACGCAUUCAACGAAACGCCGAAGUUUGACGAAAUUCCCGAGUACAAACUGUUGACCGAUGUUCAGGAUUUCUUUGCGGGUAGUAAUACCACGAUUUGGACACUAUAUUGCGAACUGAAACCGUACACGGACAGUAAAAUGUGGCUGCCACCUUUUAAGGCCAACUCGCUGCUCAUCGGAUCCAGACAUUACAUGUCCUUUGAUAAGCGAUUCAUAUCGAUGGAUUUGCAAGAUCUGCUCAAGGAUGGUCAAACGAACCAGUGUUCGUAUGUGUUGGCUCACGAUUUCUACAAUCGAUCAUUUACGUUGUUGCUCGAACCAUCGGUACUACGAGAUACUGGAAAGGCCUCACGAAAGAUAACGUUACUUACAGACGAACACGUGCUUGAAAUCGACGUGACGGAUGCUUCCGUAAAAGUCGAUCGUAAUGUUACAACUGCCCUACCGGCCCAAAUCGCUGAUACUGUAGUCUAUCGUGAAGCCGAUCUUUUAGUGAUACAAUCGUUCAAUGGAUUCAAGCUCACCUGUAGCCUACAGUACCACAUGUGUUCAUUCGACCUCAACGGGUGGUACUUUGGCAAAACUGCUGGCAUACUGGGCACAAUGAACAACGAAGUAUUCGACGAUUACGUUACGUCGGAUCACAAAUUUGCCGGCUCCCAGGAGCAGUUCAUCAACAGCUGGACGCUUCCGGGUUGCGAAGCUGAUGUGCGAGCUACAAACCACACCCACAACUUCCUGUCGGUUUCGAACGAACUCAGUCAGCUUUGUGAUUCAUUCUUCCGGCAGAAGCAUUCGUACUUUGCCUCUUGUUUCCCGAUUGUGGACACGACGCCUUUCUACGAAAUGUGUCUUGAUUUGGGACACCACCUGGAUAGCAAGUCAAACGAUCCAUCAAACAAAGGUGCCUGUACAUCUGCGCUUGCUUAUAUGGAAGCGUGUCAUUUGGAAGACAUGCCGCUUCGAGUUCCGGAUUCGUGUAUUCAUUGCCGAUUGAUCAACGGAUCUUAUGUUCCAGAAGGUACCUUCGUUCCCAUGAAAGAAAACGAAAUUCCACAAACGACCGAUGUUGUGUUCAUUGUCGAGGCCAAAUUGUGUAACCAGAACAUAACCACGUCGAAGAGCAUUGUAGCUAUGGUGCAAACCCUUCACAAGGAGCUCCAAGAGCUGAACAUCACCGAUAACCGUUACUCGGUGAUGGCCUUCGGAGGGAUGUCUCCAUUCGACAAGCCCAGAAGCGUUAUAGUGAACGACAAUGUGUUCGUAUCGCAUGAAUACAUCGAACCUUUCUUCAAUCACAUCGCUAUGGCCUCCGGAACUAACGACGAUAUUUUCGACGCGAUCAUUGCGGCAUCGAAACUGGUGUUUAGACCUGGAGCUUCCAAAACAUUCAUCCUUAUGCCUUGUACGAAGUGCUCCAGUUCCAGCAUGAAGAUGGAUUACUCCUCCGUUCUGCAACUGCUGUUGGAAAACGGCAUCAAGCUUCACAUUCUCACCGACCACGACAUCGAGUUCGACAAGUCUCGAGUCUCGCGAAUGUUCUUCGGAAUGGAUAGUUCCAAGGCGUACACCAAAAAGGACCUUAAGGACCUUGCCGGAGACGUUGAACUCCGUAAGCAAAUUCGGUUGCCAAAGGCUACGCUGGGUAACUGCGCUGCCCUAGCGCUGGAGACAAACGGUUCCGUGUUCAGUGGCCGCAAGCUUCGACCAGAGCGCCGCAACCCAACUAAGAAGUUUAUAACUGUUUUCACGAAACGCGUGGCAAGUACGGCGGUGUCGACGUCCUGCCAAACGUGCGAAUGUACCGGUCACAAUACCGGCGUUUCCUACAUGCUGUGCUUGCCGUGUACUUAUCCAUCAGCGUUCAGCCUAGAUCACGAGCGGAUGAGCGAAGACGAACUGCUGUCGGUUCUGCAACCGGACCACGACUGGGACUGGGAAGAAGAUGAUGAACUUCUGUGAGGCAAGCAUGGGUUGCCGGAACGCUAAUCGUUGGAGAAGUUAGUGGAACGCCAUGACAAUACUUGACAUAGAUUCUAAGUGUAUCAGUUAUAAAUAAAUUAUAUUUAAAAAUCAAA